CAACAAGCGCCCCCGUCGUCUUGACGACCCGCACUCUUCUCCCCUUCACCCGGUCACCGAUAUCGCGGAUAAACAAUCCCGUCUAUUUUUCAGACAGACAGAUAUAUUUAUGCAGUCACAUUUUAAUGACAAAACAUCGGGCAGUAUACGCGACGCGCCGUCAUUUAUACGCACGUCAGUCGUCGCGACAUCGUCCCUACAACAAAAUGAAUUCGGUUUCGUAACAAAAACAUUAAUCGAAAAAUGGCCCAGCAGAACGUCAAGGACCGUAUGUCCGAGAUCGACGAGCACAUCGCCAAAAGGUUUGACGUGCAGAAGCGGCUCGGUAAGGGAGCCUACGGGAUCGUGUGGAAGACUGUGGACAGAAAGACCAAAGAGGUGGUUGCGGUUAAAAAGAUCUUCGACGCGUUCCGCAAUCAGACUGAUGCCCAGAGGACCUUCAGAGAGAUCAUGUUCCUGCAGGAGUUCAAGGGCCAUCCGAAUAUCGUAAGGUUGCACAGCAUUCACAGAGCGGCCAACAAUAGGGACAUAUACCUUGGUUUCGAGUAUAUGGAAACGGACUUGCAUAACGUCAUCAAGCGCGGCAACAUCUUGAAGGACAUCCACAAGCGGUACAUCAUGUACCAACUGCUGAAAGCCAUCAAGUACAUCCAUUCCGGGAAUGUGAUACACCGCGACCUCAAGCCUAGUAAUGUGCUAUUGGACAGCCUGUGCCGAUGCAAGAUUGCAGAUUUUGGUUUGGCUAGAUCGUUGACCCAAGGCGCUGAAGGCGCCAUUGGAGAUGGCGACCCAACGUUGACUGACUAUGUAGCCACGAGAUGGUACCGGGCGCCCGAGAUACUAAUCGCAAAUAGAAGGUAUACCAAGGGUAUCGAUAUGUGGAGUUUAGGCUGCAUACUGGCGGAAAUGAUGUUAGGGAAGCCGAUUUUUCCAGGUACCUCCACCGUCAACCAGGUGGAGAAGAUAAUGGCAGCUAUACCUACGCCUACCCCGGAAGACAUCGGCCAGGUAUGCAUAUCGGGCGUAGGGUCCUCCAUGAUCAAAAACGCUUCCUUGGGUCAGAAGAUACCGCUGCGGACCAUCUUGGGCUCCGGAAUACCUUCCGAUGCUGUAGGUCUUAUCUCCCAACUGCUGGUAUUCAACCCACACAAACGCCUCAAGGCGGAUCAGGCGUUACAGCACGAGUACACCGCCAAGUUCCACGAUCCCGGGCAAGAAGUAACGAUGACGUCCACUGUGGUUAUUCCCCUGAACGACGACGUCAGACUCUCAGUAGACGAGUACCGAAACAAACUAUAUGAACUAAUGUGCGUUCACCAUCACCCUCAUAGAUCCGGUGUGGCGAAGCCACGUGGCGUGAAACAAAAUCCAGUGCCAGAUGUUUAUUCCAACGUAUCCAGAAAUGCGGAGAAAUAUAUCAGAUCGCACGCUAGCAGGUGCCACGCGCAGUCGCAGUCCGAGUCUAAAAUUCAGCACCGAAUUUCCGGCGCAGGCCUGCAGAGGCCGCAGCUGAAUAAGUCGGACUCGACGGUGCCGAUGACGAGACAGCAGCAAACGCAGGCCACCCCCGUGUUGAAAGCGGCCGGCGACUUCUACAAAGGGCACCUGAAGUCCACUUCCGAAGCAGCACCCAAGAAGAGGUCGAUACCGAAGAACACCGUGUACGCGUCAUUCAACAGUUACAAUAAGUCACACGGAAUCAUCACCCAGAGCGCGCUGAUGGAGCUCAGAGCUGCGGGGCUACGGUGACUUUGCUAAGUGAUGCGUAUUUGCACACCUUGUACAGGAUUUUUUCUAUUCGCUAUUCAUUUUUAUAUAUUUAUACAUAUACACGAGUGUUGCGUCUUCAUCAGAAAAUAUAUUUGGA